AUGUCCUCCUCAUCGCCGGUGGAUGCACCAUCCCAUGUGCUACAGCUGCUAUCAAAACUCCAUAAAGUGUCAUUGGAGCAGGAAGCUGCCAUUGAUAAAACUGGCAAGGUCUUCUCGGCCACGGUCAUAGGCGACUUCGAAGACAAGCUUCCCGAAAAGGAUGCGACGGCCGAGUUCGAUAAGCUGAUGCUUGAUAAAUUUAUCGCCCUCGAUGAGGACAAGUGUCAGUUUGUAUAUCAAUUAAUCAACGCGAUGGGGGCCACCAACGUGGUGGAGGCGGGCACCAGCUUCGGUGUCAGCACUAUCUACCUGGCCCUCGCAGUAGCUAAAGCAAAGGCUGCGACAGGAAAGUCUGGUAGAGUCAUCGCGACCGAGAAAGAGCCGGAGAAGGCAAGGAUUGCAAGGAACUACUGGAAGCAGUGUGGUUCUGUGGUGGAAAACGAGAUUGAUCUUCGCGAGGGCGAUCUCCUCGAAACGCUGAAGGAGAACCUGCCAGAAGUCGACUUACUCUUACUGGACAUCUGGUCGAAACUUGCCCUCCCAACACUCAAAACAGUCCAGCCACGUCUGCGGCAUGGCGCCGUGGUCCUUACCGACAACACUAUCUCGGGUGCGCAAGGAUAUGCGGACUUGCUGGCAUACCUCAGAGACCCAGCGAAUGGCUUUCGCAACAUGACUUUGCCCUUCACAAAUGGGUUUGAAAUGAGCGUUUAUCUACCAGAAAACAAAUAA